CCGAUCACAUUUGAGAUCCGCAAUGUCAAGGCAAGAAAUCUCACUUAUGGAGGAGUAAAGGAAUUCUCGGCGGAAGAAGGAUUGGUGCAUAUGCCGCUGUGGAUGCAACGAUCGCUGAAUCUGGAGACAGGGGAUACCAUUGCUUUACGGUUGAAGGAACUUCCAAAGGGCCAAUGGGCAAGGCUACGGCCCAUUUCAGCUGACUACAAAGAGAUUAUGGAUUAUCGAGCCGCCCUCGAAUCGUACUUGAGAGCAAAUUACAACACUUUGACAGCCGGCGAAAUACUCAACAUCAAGUACGGUAGUAACCGUUACGAAUUCUUGGUCGACGACCUCAAGCCGGAGAAAGCUGUAUGCGUUACAGAUACAGAUAUAGAGAUUGAUAUU